AUGAGGCUACUCUUAGCGGGUUGGCUGCUGGGCCUGGUCGGGUCGAGCUUUAUUGAAGGUGAUUGUGCGCUCGGGAAUUGUCUGAACGGCGGAAUUUGCCACGCUGGCGCGGAGAAGAAAACUUAUUGGUGCCAGUGCCCAUCCCCCUACUCCGGCCCACGUUGCGACGAACAGCCAUGCCUCCCGUAUUGUCAGCACGGCGGGAAAUGCGUAUCUCAAAACGGAACCCACGCUUGCCAGUGCCCUCUCGGCUUCACCGGAAUCUCCUGUCAAACCGUCGUCCCAUCAGCUUGCACCGAAAGACCAUGCUCAAAACACGGCACUUGCAAGCUAACAACGUCAAUUUAUGACUUCGAAUGUGAAUGUGAGACCGGAUAUACAGGCCACGAUUGCUCGCGGCGGACAAAGUGCUACUGUGAAAACGGUGGACGAUGUGUUUUUAACGGAUUUUCUGCAAAAUGCAGCUGCCCUCGCGGUUUCACCGGAGAACAUUGUGAAGAGGAUAUUGAUGAAUGCCUCGACAAUCCUUGUGCCCAUGGAGUAUGCGAGAAUACGCUUGGCGGCUAUCAGUGUAUCUGCGAAGACGGCUGGACCGGAAAAGCUUGCACCCAUCGAACCAGACAUGGCGAAUGUUCAACUACCGGGCCGGCUUCUUGCCGAAAUGGCGGCUUUUGCCAUAAGCACAACGGUUAUUACGGAUGUACCUGCCCUCCAGCCUUCACUGGCCCAUUCUGCGCAAAAGACGUCAAUGAAUGCGAGAAUUCGCCAUGUAAAAAUGGUGGCAGCUGCGUGAAUUCCUUCGGAUCUUUUCAGUGCUUCUGCCCCGCCGAUUUCACGGGGGAUAGAUGCCAAAUUCCAGUAGAUAGCUGUGAAAACAACAAGUGCUCGCUAGGCUCGACCUGUAUCCCGGAUGGAAACUCCUACAAAUGCCAAUGCCCCAAGGGUCGGAUCGGUCUGUUCUGCGAGCUCGAAGAUCAGUGCAUCCGUCGUCCCUGUUUGAAUGGGAAAUGUGAAAGCGACCCGUUUACAGGGGAUUACAAAUGUCAAUGCCCAGCCGGAUUUACCGGUGCGGAUUGUGGAGAUGACAUUGAUGAGUGUGAGGAGAUGAAGCCAUGCCUGCAUGGAGCUACUUGCAUUAAUUUGCAAGGGUCUCACAAAUGUGAAUGCGCUCCGGGCUACAAGGGCGAUACCUGCGAUCAAUUCAUUGAGGAGUGUUCGCCAAAUCCUUGCAAGAAUGGGGGCACCUGUUACCAAAAUAACACUUGCUGGUGUCCGCUUGGCUUUGGAGGCCGUCUCUGUGAAUCCGUAAUGCCGGAUGCUUGCGAAAAUUGUGGAGUUGGGCAGGAUUGCCUCCCAGAUCAGAAUGGCGACUUCUCCUGCCAAUGCCCUGCUGGAAGAAGCGGCCGGGAAUGCGAGGAGAUCCUAGGCUGGAAUCCGUGCCAUUUGAAUCGCUGUGAAAACGGGGCCACUUGUCAGAACAACGCUACGAAGCUGAACGGCUACAAGUGCUACUGUGCACUUGGGUGGGAGGGAGAUUAUUGUCAGGACGCCACCGACUUCUGCCGUCCUAACCCUUGCCAACAUGGAGGUCGAUGCCUGAACAGCUUCGAGGGGCCGAAGUGUGCCUGCACCAAUGGCUUCAGCGGCCAUCGCUGCGAGCAUCUGAACGAUUCCUGUGCGGCGGAUUAUUGCCUAAACAAUGGGAUCUGCUCGAUACAUCUGGUCGAGGGUUUGAAAUGCCAGUGUCCGAUUGGAUUCUCGGGGCCAAGAUGCCAGUCAUUGGAUUGCGAGCAGCGAGGGUGCGAGAACGAUGGCGUCUGUUUGGCCGAAGGGCAGGCUAGCAAAUGUCAUUGUCCCGAGGGGUAUACCGGCCCGUUUUGUGAAUCGCGCGCUGACGAAUGUGUGGCGAGUACCUGCCUGAAUAAUGGCUCCUGCAACAAGAAGGGAACUUGCAACUGCAAGCGUGGCUUCUUCGGAAACUCCUGUCAAUAUUGGGCUGACAUCGACAAGUACAACGAGACCGAACUCGAAGAGAAGCAGCACUGCCAACGUCACAAAUGCCAAAAGCUCGCCGAAAACGGUGUCUGCGAUCCGGAAUGCAAUUUCUUUGCUUGUGAUUACGAUGGAGGGGACUGCUCGGCCAAGGACAAGCCGUACUCGAAAUGCUUGGCGGCAAAUUUCUGCGCUCGCAGCUUCCACGAUGGGACCUGCAAUGAAGCCUGUAAUAAUGAGGCAUGCUUGUUUGACGGGUUCGACUGCACGAGGGCAAAAAAUUCAUGCCCAGUCAGCUGCAGAGCUCGCUCCCAAGACGGCCAUUGUGAUAUGCCGUGUAACAUCGAGGAAUGUGGGUAUGAUGGAGGGGAUUGUGAGAAGAAAAGUGAUACGCUACCCGGCGAGCUCGAGAUCGUGAUCCUGAUGGAACCGGAAGUGUUCGUGAAAGGGAUCCGCGAUUUGCUUGUUGACGUCUCGGCUCUUCUGCGCGCUACAGUUCGUGUGGCCAACGAUUCUGAAGGGCCGAGGGCUUAUCGUUGGACGAUGGAAGGAGGAGCGGGCCAACGGUUGAAGUUCCCGAGCUCUGAGCCACUUGCUGCCUUCUACGAACCCAGCCCAAGACACAAGCGAUCACUGGUAUCUGGAGUUAAGGUCUAUUUUGACGUCGAUGUAGCCUCGUGCUCCCAUUCUUGCUUCUCCGAUCCGGCGGCUGUUGCCAGCUUCGUCAGCGCGGCUGUGGCUAAUAAGCAACUCUCAAUGCCAAUCUACUCCGCAGUGGCUGUGGACCGGAAUGCCAAACCUCAAGCUCAAAACUCGUUCUGGACAGUCCUGCUUGGGAUUUUGGCCUUCAUCGGAGUCGCAUUUAUUGGGCUAGUUGGGAAGUAUCAGGUAAUUCCUCACGUCAAAGAUCGGAGCCGGAAACGCGUGAUCAAUGCUCAUGUCUGGACCCCGCCAACUGAAGAGACAUUAAAUGAACAGAACGAGAAGGGGAGCCUGAUGCUGCGAUGGUCAGGCGACUAUCGUCCGUAUCAUUACGGAAAUAUUGCUUGCGCCAGGGCUUUCUUUGACUCUUCACAAGCCGAGCACAAAGAUGCGUGGUAUCCAAAGGUCAAAAUCCCUAAAAUCGAGCCUGCCAACUAUGGACACCCCACCGGGCUUCACAUCGAAGCCUAUGAAAAUCAAGGCACGAUAAGCCAGAUAAAUCAUGCCGAAAUCAACGCCAAGACCCAUCACGCCCAGACAGCGCUUCAUCUGCUUGUCGCCAAUCUGACGAGAAGUGACGCCGACGUCGUUCACAACGUAGAGCAGCUCGUCAGAAAUGGGGCCCAGAUUAAUGCACUGGAUGAUGACGACAUGAGCCCGCUGUUCGUCGCGGUUUUAAGGAAUCGCACGAAAGUCGCUGAAAAGCUGCUGUCAAUGGGUGCUGAUCCGGAAAUCUCUAGCCGGGAUGGGACCACGGUACUGCAUCAGGCUGCCAAGAAUAGCGAUAUCACCACCUUGAAGAUGUUGCUCCGGAAGCAGUCGCUCAAGAAAAUCGUCGACGUCGUCGAUGACAAUAAUCGCACACCUCUAAUGGUUCUCGCCCAAUAUCAUCUUCUUGAUGACGGCAUGGGCAAAAUGUUGUUGGACGCCGGAGCAAAUAUAAAUUCGCAAGGUGAUAAGGAGCGAACGGAUCAAACUGGAAUGUCACCGCUCCACUUUGCUGCUAUGGCCAACAACACAGCAAUGAUCAAGUUCUUGGUCGAAAAUGAUGCAAAUAAGGAUGCGCAAGAUCGAGAGGAACGAACCGCUCUCUUCGUAGCUGCUGAGAAGAACCACGUGGAGGCUGUACGGCUUCUAGUGGAGCUGGGAGCAUCUACAGAAAUUGCCGAUCAGAAGGAGAGAACACCACUGUAUGUGGCGAAGGAGUGUGAUUCGGCGGAUGUGAUCCCAAUCCUACUACAAGCCUGCGUCACAACACCUCGGCCACCACCAGAAAAGCAGCCACUGUCGGCUCCGAUCAAAAUGCAGCGAGCUCGGCGAGUCAUCACAAAAGAGCCUGCCAGAAAGUCAAGGAGUUCCCAUCCUGAUACUCCACCAUCAUCUGACAGAUCGGACUAUAGUUCCCCCUCUCCUAUCGACGGCACGGGCAAGGCGAUGAACAAGGCCUACUGUCACGGCCCUGAUCCAAAGCGGCAGUGUUUGAGCACGACCACUCUGCCAUCGUUGACCCUUGGAGCUUCACAGUCGAGCAGCUCCAGCCCACCCCAAGCAGUUUCAAUGCCUUCAUCUCAUGAGGCUGUAAAUCACCUGACACCUCCGCAGAGUAGCUGGAAUCCAUCGCCUUUGCCUGUUCAUAUGGGCCAGCCGGACUAUUCGAAGGCAAUCAGUCCAGUGCAACAAAUGAGCGGACUCCCUUGGAACCACUCGCCACCGUACGACUUUCACGGCGUGUCGAUCGAAUACCCCAACUCACUCUACAACCCCGAUCCCUUUGCACCUCAGCCUCAAUACCAAGAUCCCCUCCACCACCCUUAUUAUGCUCCCUCAAUGUGGCAAACUAAUGUU